AUGACCACCGCCAUUUCUUUCCCUUUCCUCAUCCUCUUUUUUCUUUGCAACAAUGCUUUCCUGCCAAAAGCUGUUGCCAUUUCUUCCACUUCUCCACCACAUGAAUUUGCCCGGUUUGAGCUGAUUCACCGGCAUUCGUCCUUGUUGGCCGAACGCACCGACAAGGCCUUCCAGCCUCCAGAGAAUCCGCUGGAACGAAUUAAGGAGCUUGUUCACAGUGACAUUGCUAGGCUGCAAAGGCUGUCCCACAGGCUUAGCCUGAGAAGGAAAAUUGCGGAAGUACCAAAAGAUAACUCGAGCUCGAUUAGCCUUCCAUUGCGCUCGGCUGCAGAUGCCGGAGUCGGUCAGUUUUUCGUGACGAUUAAUGUUGGAACUCCUCCAAAGAGCUUCGCCCUUAUUACUGACACGGGCAGCGACUUGACAUGGAUGAAGUGCAAGUUGGGAAAAUGUAGUUCCUGUAAAAAGGGCUUCAAAGACCCUCCUGGAAACUUUUUCCAGGCUGAUUUAUCGUCUUCUUUCAAGAGCAUUCCAUGCAAUUCGGAUACUUGCAUAAGGGACCUGGCAGAUUUGUUCUCUUUAACGAUCUGUCCUACACCCUCCACGCCCUGCUCUUAUCAGUACAAUUACAUUGAUGGUUCGGUAGCCAAUGGAUUCUUUGGCAAUGAAGUUCUCUCAUUCGGGAUGGAUAACCGGAAAAUGGUGAAGAUGCACGACGCACUGAUCGGUUGCACAGAGUCAUCGGAGGGCAUUCGCGGUUUAGAUGGAGUACUCGGACUAGGCUACAACAACAAUUCCUUUGCGGUGAAGGCAGCAAGAAUGUUUAAUCAGAAGUUCUCAUAUUGCCUGGUUGAUCACUUGAGUCCGAGCACCAAAGUGAGCUAUCUCCUUUUCGGAAACAAUCCCCAUCGAUCCACGAGAAUGCAAUACACAGAGCUACUCCUGAAAGCCCUGGAUGAGUCUUAUGGAGUGAAUGUGAGUGGAAUCUCAAUUGGAGGCACAAAACUGGACAUCCAUCCGGCAAUUUUCGAUGCAAAUGCCGAUGGAGGGAUGCUUCUCGACACGGGUGCUACAUUAACAUUCUUGGCAAUGCCAGCAUACAAGCCUGUGAUGAAGGCUCUGACAGCCCCCCUACAGAAAUUCAAGAAGAUGGAUGUGAAUGUGCCGGCAUUGGAGUUUUGUUUCAGUUCUGCAGGAUACAAUGAGUCCAUUGUACCAGAACUUGUCUGGCAUUUCUCCGAUGGGGCAACAUUUGUGCCACCAAAGAAGAGUUACAUUAUUGAUACAGCUCCAGGAAUUAAGUGUGUAGGAUUGGCUUCUGCUCCUUUUCCAGGGGCCUCUAUCAUGGGUAGCAUUAUGCAGCAAAACCAUUUGUGGGAAUUUGAUCUUGCAAAUCGCAAGGUGGGCUUUGGUCUCUCACCUUGCCUUUGA